CUGCGCGACAGGCAGAGGCUCAACAGGUGGAGCCGCCUCUAGCAAAACGACGCAGGGCAGAGGAAAAGCUUCCCUUGCCGUCCCGCGUUGGAUAAAAGACACACAAAAGCCCGGGAAGAAGAAGAGCGGGGGUCCGAGCAUGGCGGAGCCGAGAAGUCCCGGGAGCGCUCUCUCUCCCCCACCCGGGCGGAGCGGGCCAGGGGGCGGCCUCAGUCAGCCCUUGGCUCCCGCCUGCUCCAGCGGAUGCGAGUCGCCGCCGCCGCCGCCGAAGGGGCGGGGAAGGGGCUGCGGCCGAGGUGGCCCACGAACGGCAGCCUCGGAAGAGGAGGAUGUGGAGCGGCAGCGGCGGCGGCCCCUCAGGAGACCUAAGGCGUCGGACCCCUGAGAGCUCGGAGCCGAAGGCCGAGGAUGGCUCACUGCCUGCGGGCUCUUUUCACAAAAAGAGGGUGGUGAAGAGGCCAGGAUACAUGAGAACAGAAGUGCUGCAGCAGAUAGGAUUUCAGCCUCUUUCUGACUGUAAACCCUUCGGCCCCAAAGGGCUUGAGCAUAAUGGCAGAAAACACUACAGAGAAUUUAAAAAUUGCUUUCUGAAGAGGCGAUGCAAAAAUGAUACAUUACAUUGUAAUGCUUGUGUAAACAGUCCCUCGGUUUCCCCAGAUGUGGCAACUGGAUCGCUUACUGCUGGAAAUAAAGCAGUCAGUCUCAGACCCCUGGCUGAUUUCAGAGUGCAGCAAUCAGAAGAUCUAAUUCAACCAGUUUGUCCUGUGGUUGCCAUCUAUAAAAGAGAUCUGUUGCCUGCAUCCAGCUCAUCCUCACAGCAGACUAAUUUGCUUGACUCUGUGAAGGAGACUGCUUUUCCUGUUGGAACCCAGGAGAAGGAAAGAAUGCAUGCUUUGGAUCAGAAGGAAGAGAACAACAACCAGGAAUCUGAAAGCAAUCACUUUAAUUCAAGUUUUAGCUUCAUACAGCUCUCGCUAAAUUCAUCUUGUGAAACAAACAGCAUUGGAGGCCCAGUAGAUUGUAGAGAGCCUAAAGAAGCUUGGCAAACAUGCAAAACAGGAAGAGCAGAAAACGUUAAUUUGCAUGUACCUUGGGAGGGACAAAGAACUUCAGGGAAAGAACUAUGGGCUUCAUCCAUCUCUCUGUGUAGCAAAGACCACAAGUGCCCAAGGGAGACUGCAGAAGAUGAUAAAGUGCUGGAUUGUGAAUCACACUCACUUUCACAUUCGAAUGCUGCAUUUUCCUGUUCAACUGAGUCUUUGGAAGCAGCAUCUGCUGGUUCUUCUGUGACCUCAGGCUAUGAAAGUAGUAACACUGUUAGCGAUCACAGCUGGGAUUCCCUGAUGAAGAAAUAUGAGCCAGUGCUACAGGACUGUUUGCUGGGCAACCAAAGUAUAUUAAAGAUAAAAUCCUUAAUAAGAAAGCUUCAAAGACUUCAAGCGAAGGCGGUAGCUGAGGAUGAUUAUGAGAGGGCUGAUAAAUUUAGAAGAAAACUUGAAGAGCUGGAGAAAGAGAAAAGUGCACUAAAAUUUCAGCUUCCUUCACAACAUCCUUCAAUUAGCAGCUUUUUGGAGAGAUUUAAAGCACAGGUUCAAGUGGCAUUGUAUGGGGAAGUUCCCAAAGAAGAAAAACAGCUGUUGCAGAGAUGUGAACAGAAGAUUUUAAAUUUUCCUCACCAUGGAAGACUACAAAUUUCAGCCACAAAACGAGAUCAGCUGCUUGAAGAAAAGGCAUGGAUACAGAAAGAAAUUGAAAUCCUUAGAGCAAGGCUGGCUGUUCUAGAAGCUAAAGAUCAACAGCUAAGGAGAGAAAUUCAGGACCAAGAUCAGUUUAUUCAGAUGCAGGACUGUGAGUUGUCUACCUUGCUUAGCUGGGUAUCGCUUGGAGAUCUGCAAGAAAUAGGCAAAGCCUUGACUGAAACUUCAAAGGCAUCACAGAAUAUUCCGUGCACUUUGGAUUUACCAGAGUCCCUUAAAAGGCUUCAAGAAAAAGAGCAAUCGCUCAAUAUGUCCAUUAAAGAUACAGCUGCCAGAGUGUGUACCAGUCAGAAGCUGUGCAGCACUUUAAGGAGGAAAGUGAAUGAUAUUGAGACUCAACUACCAGCUCUUCUUGAAGCCAAAAUGCUUGCUGUUUCAGGAGGUAAUUUCUGUACGGCUAGAGACCUUGUAGAAGAAAUUAAGUCGUUAACAGCUGAAAGAGAGCGACUGGAGGGACUUCUCAACGAAUGGUUCACGCUGAGUGCCAAAAAUGUCCAAAAAUUAGAGAGAAUGAAAGAAGGUUACAAGAGACUGAAGGAAGAAAUGGCGCAAGGGGAGUCUGCUUUUGAGAAGAAGUUGAAGGAAGAUAUUCUCAGGUACAUGGAAGUGCUGGAGGAAAAACUGCAAAGCUGUGGGAGCCAGCUUCUUGAAAGAGUGUGGGAAGUUGACUUAGAGGCCUGUCAACUGUUGAUCCGAGGGUUUCAGCUGAAAGAAGGUGGUUGUUGUGUUUCCGAGGGCGAAGAGAGCCAAACAGAUGAAGUGGAGGAUACUGCCGAUGCCUCUUUGAGCACCAACCGGGAACAAUCAAAACACUUUCCAGUUCAAGAUUCCAAGUGGAGUACUCUCCAGCGCCCUGUUAUCCAAAGCAAACACCAGAGUACACACUGGGAACUGAAAGAGGAAUUUCAUAUACUUACAGCAGAACUUGACGACAAAUGUGAAAAAAUAAGUGAGAAGCUGCUGCACCUGGAAGAUCAACUUCAAACAGCGCUCUGCGGCUAUGAUGAAGACCUUGUUCAGUCUCUACAGAGAGAGAUCCAGAUGGUGAAGGAAACUCUCCAGGCCAUGUUGGUGCAGCUCCAGCCCGCUAAGAAGGCAGAGGAAGAUGCUGCUGUCGACUUCCUUGGUGGCAGCUGGUGUCCGGGAAAGGAAGACUUAGAGGAAUAAUGAACAGGAAGACUCGGCGGGGCGGGCAGGGGGAGAGAGCUUCAUUCAAAAGGGUUGAUUUAAAGAGCUGAAUACUGUCUUAGGAGGCCUCAAGGAUUCUUCCCAUCUCUGCAUAACUAAUAACAACUAAAUCAAUUAUUGGAUAUGGGGAGGGGGAGACCCUGAAAGACUUGCCUAACAAGUAUUGUAACUUGCAUGUUCACUGGGUCAGAUCUGGAAACAGUUUUUGAAGCCUUGUAUCCCAUGUACUCUUUGAUGUGACAGUUCCAAACUGAUGUGUCUGAACAGAUGCACCAAGGGUGAGACUUAUGCAGCAAAGCUGUAGCAAUCUGCUUGUGCACUCCUUUCUAGUUUUGCCCAUGCCUGACAAUGUAAUGUGGAGAUCUGCGCGUUCAGAAGUCACAAGUGCCUGUUCUAAAGAGCAGUGGCUGUUGCCAGUGGCUAUACUUAAUUGCACUGCCAGUGAUACAACAUGUUGCUGUUCAGUGAUGGCCUUUUUGUUCAGAGGUAGGGAAGCUAUUGCUAUCCAUAGUUGGACUCUGAUUCCCGUCAGCCCUAGGCAGCAUGGCCAGUGAUCCCAGAUGGCAUGAUUAAGGUUCGACAACAUCUGGAGGACUGCAGGUUCCUGCCCUGCCCCCAGUUUAGGAACAGGGUUGCAUGGGGGGGGGUGCACUCCAGUAUGCGAAAGCAGGAAUACCAAACCCAGCAAAUGAAGAAUGUCAGAUACCCUAAACUCCUCAAAACAAUGUAUACAAAGAGGGAUGGCUUUUGCCACACAUGCAUCCAGUUUGGUGUCUGGGACACUUGCACAACCACUCAACCAGGGACCACUUAUGACCAUAGUAGUUUAAAGGAGAGUGAUGGGUAUUAUUACAUUUUCCAAGCAAUACAACACUGCAGCUGCUGGGAUGCAGUGCAAAUGUGAUUGCACAUGGAUGGAUUUGCUAUGUAGCAGGACAUUAAUGUUUCUACCACACAAGAGCCACAUCCACACCAUGCAUUUCAAGUGAUAUUCUACCACAUUUUUAUCCUUCCAGGGAGCUCCUGGAAUUGUAGCUCUGAGAGGAGAACAUGGGUCUUCUAACAACUUUCAGUACCCUUAGCAAACUACAGUUCCCAGGAAUCUUUUGACUCUCAAAAGUGGCAUAAUAGUGCUUUAAAUGUAUGACGUGGCCCUUACAGCAUUAUCUGGAACAGCCCUGAAGAACUGGUGUACUUUGUUCCAUGCAAUUUGUAAAACAUCCCUCCUCUCCCAAAUUACAUUUGGGGGGGCACUAAGUUGGAGUUUAAACUAAUAGCAAAAUUUUGCUAAAUGAAAUGAGGGCUGCAUAUACCCAUUGGCAUUCCAUAUAAUAGUGAUAAUUGAAAUCAAAGGAUGUCAUAAUAGUUUUUCCAACUAUAUUCAUUUAGUGUUGCAAAGUGAGAAGAAAUUCUUGUUAAUUCUAAAGAGGAAAAUUAUUUAAAGCAAUAACCAAUGGUUUCUUCUUGUUUUUUUUAAAGCAAACUGAUGGUGCUUAGUGUAAUUAAAUCUAGAUAGAUGCUUCACUGUUUUUAUAUAAAGACUUUAAAAAAAUUCUUCUGAAGGUUUCUGCAAAUUGUAUGUUGAACUGGGUGUAUUUCUAACCAUAUAUAUCAACUCAGAAUGUACUUACCUGCAAACUCUCGUUUAUUUCAGGAUAAAAGGAAAGUGGGAUCAAAGUGGUAUUAAAAACAGAACCAUAGGAACAAUGAGCAGGAAGUGUCCAAAAUGCUGUCUAGCUCUUUAAAGACAGAUUCCCUUUCUUGAAGGGUAAGGAAGUAUUUGCCAUGGGCUGGCAAGCCUUGGUCAUCUGCUGUGUCAUUGUCAAUCACUCUACAGGGUGGCACCUGCAAAGACAGUUCUGAAAUUUCAGUGUCAGCAUGUAGAUAAGAUAUCAGUAUGUGGCAGCAUGGCUUCUCUGGUUCCAGCCUCAGGGAACCAUAUUACACCAACACCACAAAACUCCAGCAGUUGUCUGUUGCUGGCAAAGUUCAAGCUUCUGUUUUUCCUUCCUCCUAUAUAGACAGAGUUCGGGAUAUUUCAGGGAGCACUUUCUCUCCUUUGUGACUUCCAGAGAGCUGAAAUCUACAAAUGGCAAUUUACUUUGGGUAUCAAAGCUACUGCAACAAUAUUGACUUGCAGCAUGUUCCUUUGGUGUGUGUGAAUGGUUUCAUUAGGUCAACUCAUUUGCCUGGGCAAGUUGAGUGGGCAGCUUCUCCCCAUAAUGGAAGGAUAUUGUUUGUCUUCAUCUAUGUCAUAAUGUAGUCUCAUUUGCUUGGCUCCACUAUGUGACCUCUGAUUGGCUGUGGUCAUAUGUUAAAUAUCCCUUCAAAUUAAAGAGAGAGAGGAGAGAGAGAGAGAGCGCACGCAACAGUUCAGGUAAGCAAUGGGUGCACAUAAGUGUGAAAAAAAGUGCAAAAGCAUGAAAGGUGAGGUGGUGUUUUUUUAAGGAUCUAUCCACACAACCAUCCCACUCAUGGCAACUUGAAGAUCACCAAAAAUCAUCACAAUGCUAGUUUCAGCUCCUAGAUUCUAAAUUAUUUCUUAAAUGAACAUCUUACAGAUAUUUGCUUAUCAUGCUUAUAUGCACUGGUGUAUUGUGCCCUAGAGGACAGAAAAUUGGGCUUUAUAUUUUAAAAUAAUUGCAUAUUUUUAACGUAUACCUUUCCUGUAAGGCAGGAUAGUUCACUCACAAGCCCCUCUUAGAUCAACCUAUACAAUCCAGGCACAGCCCUGGAACAUCAGAUUGAAGUGCUUGUGGGGUGGAGCUCUGGAAUUUAGAGGGGGGGAGCCCAAACUACAUGGUGUGUGGAAAGGCAAGGUUUACGAUGGUAAAUUUAAACUCUGGCAGCAAUCCACCAGAUCCAAAGAAGCUUGCGCAGGAAUCGUAUGCAAGCCCAGUUGUGUGUCACACAAGGAGAAUAAAGACACAAGGACACAGAAUUUAGGUUAAUGUUAAUGGGCAAAAUUUAGACGACAACUUUAUUGG